CUGUUUUUACGAAAACAAGAAAACGAAAUUUCUUUAAGUACUUUUCAUCCUAGAACUGUGAUUGCAUCGAAAAAUGGCGAAGAGAGGCUAAAAGGAAAAGAAAGCUUACAGAAGAAACAAUCGAAUUUUCAACAGCAUCAAUUUUCCACAACCAAUAAUUAUGAAA